CUGUUGGAAAACUCCAGCUUCGAAGCUCUCAGCUCCCGGCUGUGCGUCGAAACGGGGGAGUCUCGCAUCCUGGGCAGGGUCAGGACGCGGGUGAUAGCUGCUCUGCCUUGUGUGACCUUUCCGUGGGACGGGUGUGGAGGCGCCGUCCUCCGGGGGGCAAACGUCUUCGGGCCGGGGGUCGUCGCCGCCCCCAAACACAUGAAGGCGGGCGACCUGGUUUCCGUCUUCUCGGACCUGGAGGGCCGGUGCACCCGCGGGGCCGCCGGUUUCCAUGGGAACAAGGCCUUCGUGGGGAACGGCGUGGCGGAAAUGGAUCGUUCCGGGAUAUUCCGCACCGAGGAACCGGCCAGAGGCGUGGCGGUGCGGAUGGUGGAGCCUCUUUACCGGAGUCCCUCUUUUGACGGCGUCCUCCCCGGCCUGGUGUUCCUGCAGAACCUCCCGUCCGUGGUGGUGGGGCACGUUCUGGGGCCCCGCCCGGGGGAAAAGAUCCUGGAUAUGUGCGCCGCCCCGGGGGGGAAAACCUGCCACAUCGCAUCUCUCAUGGGCGACCAGGGAGAAGUGGUGGCCUUGGACAGAAUCCGAAACAAAAUCGAUCGAAUCCGUCAGAACGCCAAAACUCUGGGGCUCCGUAGCGUCAGGGCCUGUUGCUUCAACAGCACCCAGGCGGCGGGCGACCUGGUUUCCGUCUUCUCGGACCUGGAGGGCCGGUGCACCCGGGGGGCCGCCGGUUUCCAUGGGAACAAGGCCUUCGUGGGGAACGGCGUGGCGGAGAUGGAUCGUUCCGGGAUAUUCCGCACCGAGGAACCGGCCAGAGGCGUGGCGGUCCGGAUGGUGGAGCCUCUUUACCGGAGUCCCUCUUUUGACGGCGUCCUCCCCGGCCUGGUGUUCCUGCAGAACCUCCCGUCCGUGGUGGUGGGCCACGUUCUCGGGCCCCGCCCGGGGGAAAAGAUCCUGGAUAUGUGCGCCGCCCCGGGGGGGAAAACCUGCCACAUCGCAUCUCUCAUGGGCGACCAGGGAGAAGUCGUGGCCUUGGACAGAAUCCGAAACAAAAUCGACCGAAUCCGUCAGAACGCCAAAGCUCUGGGGCUCCAUAGCGUCAGGGCCUGUUGCUUCAACAGCACCCAGGCGGUGGGCCCCCCCCAGGGGGCCGGAGAUGAGGCCCCUGGCCCCCCCCAGGAGGCCGGAGAUGAGGCCCCGGGGCCCCCCUUCCCCCCGGAGAGCUUCGACCGGGUCCUGCUGGACGCGCCCUGCAGCGGCCUGGGCCAGAGGCCCAACAUGGCCAACACCUGGAGCCUGAAGGAGAUCCGCUCCUACCCCCCCCUCCAGCGCAAGCUGCUCCAGGCCGCGGUGGGCCUGCUGAAAAAAGGGGGGGUCCUGGUGUACAGCACCUGCACGGUGACUCUGGGCGAGAACGAGGAGCAGGUGGCCUGGGCCCUGCGCACCUUCCCCUGCCUCUCGCUGCAGCCUCAGGGGAAGACUGUAGACGUGCAUCUGCUCAAAUAA